GUACAUUGCUUUUCGCAAAUUGGCAACAACUAAUUUACUGUUGCAGACCCGCUGUAUUUUCAAAUUUGAAUUUAUUGAAUACGAAAAUGAAAUGGAUAUUUCAAUUCAAGUUAAAUUAUGUUUUCCGUAUUAAUUAAAUGUUAGAUUCCAGAUUAAGUAAUGGAUUCCCAUUAUAAAAGAAACUGCCUGUCACCUGAACUGCUGCAACCAAAUAGAGCUCAAUGUUUUGAAAUCCCUGUCUCCAAAUCUCCUGAAGAAGUUAAAGAGAAUCAAAGAUUUGUUUUGGAAUUAAAACCCUUUGCUUCGUUUCCUCAUGUGUCUUUUGAUGAAGUGGAAGUUGGAACAUCAAAAAUUUGCAUAUUAUAUGUUAAAAAUCCCCUUGAUGUUCCUCAAACUAUUCAAAUUGAGAAGUUUCCAUUUGAUAAAGGGUUUAAUGUCUCUGUAAGACAGAUAUGUGUUCUACCUUUUCAAGAACAAGGUGUUGAAAUUAUCUGGACGCCUGAAAAAUCAUUGAGCUGCCGUGAAACAGUUUUCUUUAAGACAUCCUAUGGAGCAAAAACGCAAGCAUAUCUUCACGGAAAUGCUAUCUCACCCAAAAAAAAGAAAAAAAGAAAAACCUGGUAUCCAAAAAAAAGUUCUCAUGCAGCUCUUGAUAAGAUGAUUAGAAAAAGUGAUCUCAACAAGUGCGCAGUCAGGGAACCUGUUUUUGACGAGAAGAAAGAAAAUGUAGACUUUUCAUAUGACUGUCAGAAUUUUUCAAAACAAUCUAAUUUAAAUCUUCCUUCAUUUGAUCAGUCUAGUGACUUUCCAGAUGUUAGACGGCAGACAUACACUAUCAAUUCUAUGUUUAAAGACAGCAAGAGAAAUACUGGGAUAUUUCGUAUGCCUCUUCCUAAAGAUAAUUUAUGUAAUAAGCGAAAGGAUACUUUCGUUUUAUCAGAAAUAAGUUCGGCUCCACUUCGGGAAUUAGAUAUGAAAUUCAACCUCCCUCAACAUUCUGAUAAGAAGUAUGUUUCUGACAUAGUCAAUGAUAGUUUGGAAGACUCUUCAUUUGGAGCUAAUCACAAUCCUUCUGAUGAAGUUAAUUAUAACUCAAAUGAUGUUGUAGAUCUUGGCCCGAAUAUUAAUGUUUUUAGUUUUUCUAACGAAGACAUACCUCCCAAUGAGCUUGCCAAUAAUACAAAACAGUUGCCACAUCGAGAAUCAAAUAUUAAAUCCCACCUCCCUGAACAUUCAGAUAGGAAAUAUGUUUCUGACUCAGUCAAUGAUAGUUUGGAAGACUCUUUAUUAGGAGCUAAUCACAAUACUUCUGAUGAAGCUAAUUAUAACUUAAAUAAUGUUGUAAAUCUUGCCCCAAAUAUUAAUGUUUCUGAUUUUUCUAACAAAAACAUACCUAUAAAUGAACUUACCAAUAAUACAAAACAGUUGCAUGUUCAAGAAGAAACAGCAUGUGAAAGCAUCUUUGAUUUUACGAUUGAUAGAUUAGGUAUAAGUGUUUAUCAAAAUAAAAAUGCUGAUUUGCAGGAUAGAUCAAAUGUUAAAUCUUUGGCUGAUGAGCUAGGUCGAGCUGGAUCGAACUUUAUCAAUGAUUCUACUUUAAAUAGUUUCUUAAUGAAUGAUAAAGAAGUUUUGUCAAAAGAAAAUGAUGGUAAAAUAGAAGUCAAUUUAGGAGGUAAUGAUUUUAAUCAUAAAAUUUCUGAUGCAGAGAGUAGCAUUUGUGAGCCAUAUUUUGUAGUUAAGAAAAACUACUUCUCCAUGUUUGAAAAGUCUGACUCAGGAAAAUUUUCAAAGCAGUCUGCAUCAGGCACUAAUUAUAAUUUAUCUCCUCAUGGUUUAUCAAUUAAAAGUAGUUGUUCUCCAGAAUCUAACCGAUCUGUGGUAUCUUCAACAUAUUUUGAAGUCCCUUGUAGUUUUAGUGAAAAGUCAAAUGGCACAGUAAGUACAAAUAUCAUGGCUAAGAAAAAAAGCAGGUCUCCACCUAAAGCUUCUGUAUUUUCUUCAAAAAGACAUCCCAAGAAAUCACCUUUAAAGUUAAGGAUGCAAAGAUUUAAAUCUCCAAUCAAACCAAAGACUAUUAAUAAAAUGGAUAACAAAAAACUAAGAGAAUCUGCCAGCGAUGUAAAGAUUUUAAGAAAUGUCCCACGGUCUUUAUCCCUGAGACAAGAAAAGUUGCUAGAAAAACUGUGCCAAAAGAAUCCUUUCGCUUCUGUUAAUGCUUAUUAUGAUGAAUAUUGGAUGGAGAAACAAGAAACUGCUUUUACGAACUGGCUCAACUUUAUAUUAACCCCCAACGAUGAUUUCAUACCUUCCAGUGAUGUCAAAGUUAAUUCUGCUCAGGUUUGGAUUGAAAGUAUGAAAGACGCUGUACCAAAUCCUGCUCCUUCAAAGGAAGAACUUUCUUACAAAACCUACACUGCUGCUCACCAGCUUAACCAGUUACGGAAGUCUUCUUUUUCUCUUUAUCAGUCUGAAAAAUUAGCUGUUGUUAUCAAAAAAAUCGAAAAAGAAGUAGAUAUGAAGAAAAUAAUUGUUCGUAAGGAUAGAGCCAUUCAUGCAGAUCUUGGUAUUAAAAGGGAUCUUUUGAAAAUGCUGUUAUCAUACAAUCCAUUGUGGCUACGUAUUGGGUUGGAAACAAUUUAUGGAGAAAUAAUAUGCUUGAAGAACAAUAGAGAUAUAUUAGGUUUAUCUCGUUUCAUAAUAUUCAGGUUUCUCAGCAAUCCAGAACUAGUAACUAAGUUUACCAAUGCUGCAACCCCCAACUAUUAUAAGCCAGGUUAUGAAGACGAACUAAAGCGUUUUUUGCUGAAGAAGUUUCUUCUCUUAGUAUACUUUUUAGAUGUUGCUAAAAAUGCUCGCCUAAUAGGAUAUAACCCUUGCCUUUUCAAUAAAAGUUCUGACUUCAAGUCUAGUCGUGAUAUGUUGCUCAACUUUUCUAAAGAAUACUUGAGUGGAGAAGGUGAUCUGACUAAACAUUUGCGUUAUCUUGGUUGCAUUGUAACAUAUCAACAAAUGCCCAUUGAAGAAUUUGAUUAUGCUGUUAGAAAUAUUGCUACUGAUUUGCGAUGUGGCCUUAGGCUUGGGAAAGUAUUAGAACUUCUACUUCAUGAGUGGAGCAUUCCUAACACCCUCAGAGUAAACACUAUCAACAGAGUGAAUAAAAUUUAUAACAAUGACGUAAUUUUGAAAGCUUUAAAAAAGGUUUCCAUAGAAAUUGAAGGAAAUAUUGAUGCGAGAGAUAUUGUUGAUGGGAACAGGGAGAAAACUCUUAGCUUGCUAUGGCAAAUCAUAUUCAAAACUCAGAUUUCUAAAUUGCUGAACAAAGAAAUACUGAUGAAAGAAAAUGCUUACCUGAAGCGUCUUUUGCAAUUAAAGGCUGAUUAUGCUGCAUUCAGUGCCUUUGAGGAAUCUAAACCAGAAAAUUGUGAUUUGUCUUUCACUAAUUCAAAAAUGUAUGAAGAUAAUGAAAUAUUGAAGCAUUUAUUACAAUGGUGCCAAUAUGUUUGUGCUCAAUACAAAUUAAAGGUCCAAAAUUUCACUGCAUCUUUUUCUGAUGGCCGAGCAUUGUGCUUAAUGUUACAUCAUUAUCACCCAAAUAUACUUCCUUUUGAAGCAAUUAAGCUAGAAACUACUUCAACCUUUGUAGCAAAAGUAAUGGAAUGUGAUGAAACUGACAGCAGUCCAUUUAUGUCUGAAAAUGAUAAAUUGAGUGUGGAUGCAAAGAAAAGAUUGUUACAAAAUGAAAAAGCUAACUGGGAUCUUGUAUUUUCAAAGCUUCAUGAAAUUGGACAGAUUCCUAUAUUAUCCUUUCCAGCAAAUGUGUCAAACAGACUUCCCGAUGAAAAGGUUAUGAUCAUUAUGGUUUCUUACAUCAAUAUCCGUUUGAUGGAGCUCAGUUCUGAAAUAAGAGCUGCUCGUACUAUUCAGUUAGCUUACAGAAGAUGGAAGUUGGAAAAAAGGCUUCAAAAAUUAAAGGUAGAGAUAGCUGCUGCCAGAGUUAUUCAGGAAGCUUGGAGAAAACACUUAGCCUUUAAAAGGAAAAUAAUAGAAGAUAAGGCAGCCAUCAUUAUUCAGUGUGGAUGGAGAGUGUAUUCUUCCAAGAAAAAAUUGCAACAUCUUAAGGAAUCUAAAAUUCGAGAAUUUUUAGAUUCUAAAGCUACUGUCAUUCAGGCUCUCUACAGAGGUUAUACCACAAGAAAACAACUUUCAAAAUUGGUUAAAGCUGCUAUAAUUAUACAGAAAAAUAUUCGCAUGAUGUUAAUUCAAAACAGGUUUUCAAAAUUAAAAAGAGCAAGUCUUAAAAUUCAAACUGCAUUCCGAGCAAAAGCAGCUGGUACCAUUCAAAGGCAAAAAUAUUUGCACCUGCGAAACAUGGUAGUAAAACUUCAAGCCUGUUCUAGGGGAAUGAUUUUGAGGAAGCACUUACGUAGACAAAAGGCAGCUGCUACAGUGAUACAAUCAUAUUUUAAAAUGCACGCAGCUAGAAAGCGGUUCUUAAAGUUAAAGGAAUCAAUUAUUGUUAUUCAGAGGAAGUUUAGGUCUUUUCUUCUCACACGCCAGUGUUAUCAAAAUUUCAAGCAUUUGCGGGAUGCAACUAUUUAUAUACAAAAGUGGUAUCGUCUGAUUCAAAAAGAUAAACGUGAGAAAAAAUCUGCUAUCAAGAUUCAAGCUGCCUUCAGAAAAUAUAUCCAUAGGAAAAAAUAUCUUUUGUUAAAAUCAGCUACAAUGAAAGUGCAGCAAUGGUGGAGAGCAAGAAUUCAGGGACAAAAGACUAGAUUGUCAUAUUUAUUAUGUAGAAGACGAAUUGUGUUACUUCAAUCUUUAACUCGCCGUUAUAUUGCUCGAAAAGUAUACCUAAAACAUGUACAAUGCAUAGUUAAGAUUCAAAAAAAUUUUCGUAGGAUGAUUUUAACUAGAAAGUUCAAAGCAAUGCAAAACAGUGCUUCCAAAAUACAAGCUUGGUGGAGAUUGAAACUUCUUGGCAGAAGUACUAGAUCAUCAUAUCUUGCAACUCGAAAGCAUAUAAUACUCGUGCAGUCUCUGGUCAGACAAUACAUUGCAAAGAAAUCCUACAUGAUAAAAAGAAUGUCAGCUAUAAUUAUUCAGAAAAAUGUUCGUAGAUUCUUGGCUAGAAAAGAGUUUUGUAAAAGGAAAUUAAAUGCCUCAAAAAUACAAACUUGGUGGCGAGCAAAACUCCUGGGCCGAAGUACCAGAUCAUCAUAUCUUAAUACUCGAAAGCAUAUUAUAACCAUACAGUCCUUAGUUAGACAAUUUAUUGCACAGAAAUCCUAUAUGAGAAAAAAGAUGUCAGCUGUCAUAAUUCAGAAACAUGUUCGCAGAUAUUUAAAAAAGAGAGAUUUUUGUAAAAAGAAAGAAAGUGCCUUAAAGAUACAAACUUGGUGGAGAGCAAAACUUCUUGGCAAAGACACCAGAUUAUCCUAUCUUAUGACUCGGAAGCGUAUAAUACUUAUACAGUCUUUAGUUAGACAAUUCCUUGCACAAAAAUCUUAUAAAUCAAUAAAGAUGUCAGCUGUCAUAAUUCAGAAACAUGUUCGCAGAUAUUUGAUAAGGAGAGAUUUUUGUAAAAAGAAAGAAAGUGCCUUAAAAAUACAAACUUUUUGGAGAGCAAAACUUCUUGGCAAAAACACAAGAGCAUCCUAUCUUAUGAUUCGGAAGCGUAUUAUACUUAUACAAUCUUUAGUUAGACGAUAUAUUGCUCAGAAAACCUAUGUAUCAAAGAAGGUGUCAGCUAUAAUGAUUCAGAAAAAUGUUCGUAAGUUUUUGGUCAGGAAAAAGUUUUGUAAAAUGCAAGUUAGUGCCAUAAAAAUACAAGCUUGGUGGAGAUUAAAACUUCUUGGCAAAAAUACUAGAUCAUCAUAUCUUGUGACUCGGAAGCGUGUAAUACUUCUUCAGUCUUUAGUUAGACAAUUUAUUGCACAGAAAUCCUAUAUGAGGAAAAAGACGUCAGCUGUCAUGAUUCAGAAACAUGUUCGCAGAUAUUUAAUAAGGACAGAUUUUUGUAAAAAGAAAGAAAGUGCCUUAAAAAUACAAACUUUUUGGAGAGCAAAACUUCUUGGCAAAAACACAAGAGCAUCCUAUCUUAUGAUUCGGAAGCGUAUUAUACUUAUACAAUCUUUAGUUAGACGAUAUAUUGCUCGUAAAACCUAUGUAUCAAAGAAGGUGUCAGCUAUAAUGAUUCAGAAAAAUGUCCGUAAGUUUUUGGUAAGGAAAGAGUUCUGUAAAAUGCAAGUUAGUGGCAUAAAAAUACAAACUUGGUGGAGAGCAACACUUCUUGGCAAAAAUACUAGAUCAUCAUAUCUUGUGACUCAGAAGCGUGUAAUACUUAUACAGUCCUUAGUUAGACAAUUUAUUUCACAGAAAUCCUAUAUGAGGAAAAAGAUGUCAGCUGUUAUGAUUCAGAAACAUGUUCGCAGAUAUUUAAUAAGGAGAGAUUUUUGUAAAAGAAAAGAAAGUGCCUUAAAAAUACAAACUUGGUGGAGAGCAAAACUUCUUGGCAAAAAUACUAGAUCAUCCUAUCUUAUGACUCGGAAGCGUGUAAUACUUAUACAGUCUUUAGUUAGACAAUUCCUUGCACAAAAAUCUUAUAAAUCAACAAAGAUGUCAGCUGUCAUAAUUCAGAAAUAUGUUCGCAGAUAUUUAAUAAGGAGAGAUUUUUGUAAAAAGCAAGAAAGUGCCUCAAAAAUACAAGCUUGGUGGAGAUUAAAACUUCUUGGCAGAAAUACUAGAUCAUCAUAUCUUGCAACUCGAAAGCAUAUAAUACUUGUGCAGUCUUUAGUUAGAAAAUUUAUUGCACAGAAAUCUUAUAUGACGAAAAAGAUGUCAGCUGUCAUAAUUCAGAAAAAUGUCCGUAGAUUCUUGGCCAGGAAAGAGUUUUGUAAAAUGAAAGUAGGUGCCUCUAAAUUACAAAUUUGGUGGAGAGCAAUACUCCUUGGCAGAAAUACCAGAUCAUCCUAUCUUAUGACUCGGAAGCGUAUCAUACUUAUACAAUCUUUAGUUAGACGAUAUAUUGUUCAGAAAACCUAUGUAUCAAAGAAGAUGUCAGCUAUAAUAAUUCAGAAAAAAGUCCGUAGAUUUUUGGUAAGGAAAAGGUUUUGUAAAAUGCAAGUUAGUGCCAUAAAAAUACAAACUUGGUGGAGAGCAAAACUUCUUGGUAGAAAUUCUAGAUCAUCAUAUCUAAUAACUCGUAAACAGAUUAUACUUAUUCAAUCUUUAGUUAGGCAAUUUUUAGCUCGGAAAUCCUAUGUAUCAAAGAAGUUGUCAGCUAUCAUGAUUCAGAAAAAUUUUCGCAGAUUCUUGUCCAGGAAAUUUUUUAUCAAAAGUGAAAAUGGAUUAACACUUUAUGAACAACAACAAUGGUUUACUAAUCUUCGAAGAAACGUUGUAGGUUUUCAACGUGCUGCUCGCCUUUACCUUGCCAAAAGGGAAAAGGCAGCCGCUGUUAUUCAGUCAUUCUUCAGGAGAUGCUACCAGAAGAAAGAAAAAGCUGCUCUUAAAAUUCAGGCACAUUGGCGAGGAUAUUCUACACGACGUAAUAUCUCUAACAAGUUGCUGUUAAAUAUUCAGAAGAAAAUUAAAAAUGCUAAUUCAGAUGAAUAUCACAGCCUUAUUAGCCGUACAAAUAGAGCAGUUGACAUUCUGUUAAAUAGUCUGAAUAUAACUAAGAUUCUUACAGCUCUCAAAACUUUGGAUACAUGCACAAAGUUAUCAUCGAUUUGUUGUAUCCGUUUAGAACAAUCUGGAGGUCUCUCAAGACUUAUUUCUCUUUUAAUAUCAUCCAAUCGCAGUGUUCCCCAUAAAGAAAUAGUUACCUUUUGUUUUAGUAUUCUGUUGAAUCUUGCCAAGUAUGAUAAAACUGUAAAUUCAGUGUGGGAGGAAGAAGCUAUGCUAGAGACAACUGUCUCUUUAAUGAAGAUUUGGGCAAAAGAUUCUAAUAUUUUCAAUAAAUGUUGCUGUCUCCUAUAUAUUUUUUGUCAAGAUCAAAACAGAGCUCAGGUUCUGAAAAGUAUUUCUGAAUUUACUUAUCAAGUCGAAACUCUUUAUAAGGAUGUGGCAAGAAAACAAAAGUGUGUCUCACAAAACACUAAGAUUCCUAGGAAAAGCACCAUAAAUUUCCAUACACGUGAAAGUAAGCAAAUAGAUCCAGAAUGGCUUUUGGGAAAUCAUAGGAAAAGAACAUUUGAGGACCCUCUUACUGCAAUCUCUUCCCUUAUGCAUUCUUUGGGUCUAAAACCUAAUCAAGAUAAGUGAAUUGCUGAUAGUGUGCUUUUAAAAUCUUCUCUUAGAAUUUUUAUUUUUUUUACGCUGAAUUUUAUUGUGGUUGUAUUUAUAAUAUAUAAAGAAAAAAAUGUAUUUUGAAAGUUUUAAACUGUACAUAUUUUCUUAUAAAGUUAUUGUAUAAAUCUUAAUUAAACAUUUAGUAAGCUGAACAAAAAUUGUUUUUACAGCUAAUGGCUAUUUAAUAGCGAUUAGGGGAAAAAAAUUUAAUAGCCAAAGCUAUUAUAUAUUUAAUAGAGAAAAAAAAAACUAAAAUCUCUGGUUCAACUACAAAGACAUGUUUAUAAUGUAUUAUUUAAACUUUUCUGCAGAAAGAAAUGUUUAUUUUUAUAAAGUAUUUUAUUAGUAUUGUAUAUAAAUUAGUGACAAAAAUGUAUUUUUAUAUGUUCAGGUACUUGUAUUUUUUUGAAAAGUUCACUUUUGUAAUCAUUUUUUAAUCCUUGAAAAUAAAAAUUUUGCUUUUAUAA